AUGAUUACCAAACAAAAAAUCAAGUUGCUUUUAGGAGUAUUGGCAAUCAUAAUUACCUAUCAUCUCAUUGUUUCAUCUAAUGUCCAAAAACAAGAUUUACAAAAUGUAUUUGAAUUUAAAGCAUCCAAUGCUGGUUCAAAUAUUCAAGAAUCCAUACCUAAACCUGGACCAAAUAGACUUGACAAUCCUCCAAAUGAAGAAAUCAUUCAAGCUAAACCACAAAACGUUGCUGGAAAGGCAGAAAAUGAAGAUUCUAGUGGAAAGAAACCUAUUGCAGUGGAUGUAAAUCCGGCAGAUGAAGGUGAUGAGCCAAAACCUGCCGAUGCUGUUAAAGCAGCACCUGAAGUAGAACAAGCUAUACCUGUUCUUGAACAACAAACUGAAGAUGACACUGGAGAUUCUUUCGAAGGUCUGAAAGAUCAAUCUGUUAAAGGUGAUGAUAUCAAAGUGGAAGCUUCAAAACCAAAGAAUGAAAAAGUUACAAAUUAUAGAAUUUUCUUUGACAACUUGGAAAAAUUUGCUAUGAAACAACCUUCUAUUAAAAAGAAAUAUAAAACAGAACAUGCUAAAGAAUUAUUCUCCACACACGAUUCAUUUUUGUUCAGUAAAGAGUAUUUGGAAAAUGUCUUGGAUAUUCCUCAUGAAACUUAUGAAGAAUUAAAAGAUAGUCAUCAAAGAUAUGUUAAGGACCAUAUUCCAGAAAUGCUUAAAGAAGUUAAAACUUUUGGUAAUUUGUUACCUAGUGAUAAAGAAUGGGAAUCUUACAAAGGAUCAUCUGGGUAUGUUCUUGUUGGUGGUGGACGGUUCACUUGGUUAUCAUUUUUAGUUAUUAAACAAAUCAGAGCCAAUGGAUCUAAAUUACCAAUUGAAUUAUUCAUCGCCACAGAAUCUGAUUAUGAAAAACAUUUCUGUGAUGAAGUGUUGCCUAAAUAUAAUGCUAGAUGUAAUGUUUUUGAUUAUGAAUUUGCUGAAGAAUUGAGUAAACGUUUCAAAAUUGGUGGAUAUCAAUACAAGAUGUUGGCUCUUUUAAGUUCUAAAUUUGAAAAUGUAUUGUACUUGGACUCAGACAAUUUCCCAACCAGAGAUGUAGAUUAUUUGUUUACUAGUGAUUUAUACAAGGAAAAUCAAUUACUUUUAUGGCCAGAUGCUUGGGCAAGAACUACUAAUCCUAAAUUCUACGAUAUUGCCAAUGUUGAAGUUAAAGAAAACAAAUUAAGAUAUUCGAAAUAUGACGAAAAACAAGCUGGAGGUAAAGAUAAAUUAAAACCAUUGUCUGAAUAUACUUUCAAAGAUUCUUGGUAUCAUGAUUUUGAAGGUGCUCUUCCAGAUCCAACAUCUGAAACUGGUAUGUUUAUGAUCAAUAAGUCCAGUCACUUGAAAACUUUGUUGCUUUGUUUAUACUAUAAUGUUUUUGGUCCUGAUUACUACUAUCCAUUGAUGACACAAGGUUCUGCAGGUGAAGGUGAUAAGGAAACAUUUAUUGCUGCUGCUCAUGUUAUGAAGGAACCUUGGUAUCAAUGUGCUAAACAAUUCAAAUGGACAGGAUAUGAAUCAAAGAGAGAAAAGAAAUUUGUCUCUAAAGCAUUAGCACAUUUUGAUCCUGUUCAAGCACAAGAUUUGACAAGGAAUAAAGUUGAUGUUAUUUUCAUGCAUCUUUCAUAUCCUAAAUUUUAUCCAAAUUGGUUAGUGGAUAAUCAUGAUCUUGUUUAUCCUGAUUCAGGAGAACAUAUUAGAAUGUAUUCGUCUAUUAAUGAUAAUGUUGGUUAUGAUUUUGAUUUACGAGUAUUACAAUUUUUCACCGAGGGUUUGUGUCCAAACUAUUACGAUGAAGAAUCCGGUAAACCGAUUGAAAAUGUUCCAAAGAUCAACUUUAAUGAUGAUUAUAUGGGUAAUCAUUUAAUGUAUGUUAAAGAUGAAGAAGAAAACAAUAUCAAGAGAUGUAAAGACGUUUUCAUUCCACACUUGAAAUGGUUGAAAGAGACCGCUAAGAUACCAACUGUAGUUUCAUAG